CCAGUGGAUCCUGGCCGGGGGCGGGGCGCACACAAGCCGCACCCCCUUCAGGCUCUAGCCCGAGCGCUGGGGCGUGACCAAGUCGAACUGCACCUCUGGAAGGUCCAACCUGGGGGGGGGGCCCAAGAGGGUAUUGGGCACCCUCAAAUUGGGAGAAAAUUGGGGAGCACCCUUUCCUUCCCCAGGGUGGAGGUUACCACGUUCAUAUGCGGGGAGCUGGCACCCCUGGGGAAGGAGACCCUGAAGGAGAUGAGAUGGAGGGGUUCAUGAUUCCGGGGAGCCCCAGGUCCCAGCUUGAAACGGUGGAGUCGGGCAAAUGAGCUCUGAGGAAGGCGGCUUCUGGGCCUGACCCUGCCCUAGACUGCGGUGAGAGCUCCCGCCGGCCCCCGCCUCUUUCCUGGCCUCGUGUUUCCCUGCCUUCCCGAAGCAAGGCCUAACCCCUCUGGUCUGCCGCAGGAUGGGCCUCUCUGCCCUGGCCCCACUGUGGAGCUCCCCGGGGCUGCUCCUGGUCAUCGCCCUGCACCCGGCGCUGUCAGUGCCCACGCACCGGGACUACUGCGUCCUGGGCGCUGGGCCCGCGGGCCUGCAGAUGGCCUACUUCUUGCAGCGCGCCGGACGCGACUACGCAGUGUUCGAGCGCACCCAGAGACCCGGCAGCUUCUUCACGCGCUACCCGCGGCACCGCAAGCUCAUCAGCAUCAACAAGCGGUACACGGGCAACGCCAACUCCGAGUUCAACCUGCGCCACGACUGGAACUCUCUGCUCAGCCACGACCCCCGGUUGCUCUUCAGACACUACUCGCGUGCCUACUUCCCUGACGCCCACGACAUGGUGCGCUACUUGGGCGACUUCACGGACACGCUGGGGCUCCGUGUCCUGUACAACACCACCAUCACCCACGUCACUCUGGACAAGGACCAACGGGCCUGGAAUGGCCACUACUUCAUCCUGACCGACCAGAAAGGCCAGGUGCACCAGUGCAGCGUCCUCCUUGUAGCCACUGGUUUAUCAGUCCCCAACCAGGUCGACUUCCCUGGCUCUGAAUACGUGGAGGGCUAUGAGUCUGUGUCUGUGGACCCUGAGGACUUCGUAGGCCAGAAUGUGCUGAUCCUGGGCCGUGGGAACUCGGCCUUUGAGACAGCAGACAACAUCUUGGGUGUCACAAACUUUAUCCACAUGCUGAGCCGCUCCCGGGUCCGGCUGUCCUGGGCUACCCACUAUGUUGGAGACCUCAGAGCCAUCAACAAUGGCCUGCUGGAUACCUACCAGCUGAAGUCCCUGGACGGCCUGCUCGAGUCUGACCUGACGGAUCUGGCCAUCCUGAAGGACAGCAAAGGCAAGUUCCAUGUCACCCUGAAAUUCUUCCUGGAAGAAGCCGGCACCAACCAGAGUACCGACUCCAUCACCCUCCCCCAGGACGACAACGACAACUUUGCCAUGCGCGUGCCCUAUGAUCGGGUCAUCCGCUGCCUGGGCUGGAACUUUGACUUCUCCAUUUUCAAUAAGUCCCUCAGACUUAACUCGGGAAAUGCAUUUGGCAAGAAGUACCCACUGAUCCGAGCUAGCUACGAAUCCAAAGGAAGCCGGGGUCUGUUUGUCCUGGGUACCGCCAGCCAUUCGGUAGACUACCGGAAAUCUGCUGGGGGCUUCAUCCACGGAUUCCGAUACACAGCACGUGCUGUUCACCGGCUCCUGGAGCACCGCCAUCACGGCAUCGCCUGGCCGGCCACCGAGCUCCCCAUCACACAGCUGACCAGCUCCAUCGUGCGGCGUGUGAAUGAGGCUUCUGGGCUCUACCAGAUGUUCGGUGUGCUGGCCGAUGUCAUCCUGUUGAAGGAGAAUGCCACCGCCUUUGAGUACCUGGAGGAGUUCCCCCUACAGAUGGUGGCCCAGCUGGAGAUGCUCACGGGGAGGAAGGCACAGCACGGGCUCUUCGUCAUCAUCAUGGAAUAUGGCAGAAAUUUCUCUGGCCCCGACAAGGACGUCUUUUUUGAUAACCGGUCUGUGGGGCAAACGGAAGAUGCCUGGCAGUCCAACUUCCUCCAUCCCGUCAUCUACUACUACAGACACCUCCCCACUGGUGAGCGCGUCUCCGCCCUCCCCCGACCUGCUGGCUGCUCAGACCUCUCCGUCCGCAGGGUUGUCACCCACUCUGAAACCUUUACACACACGCUCACCUGCCAGGGGGGACGCCCUCCCCACACCACCCAGCCUGGCUCAUUCUCCUCACUUUGCUUUUGUGUAGAGUCCUGCUUCCUGUUUGCCCUCACGCGCCAGAAGCUGCCACCCUUUUGCCAGCAGGGGUACCUGAGGAUGCAGGGACUCGUGAGUACUGAAAGCCUUCGGCAGCACAGAGUGGAGAGCUGGCUCCCACGGAACCAUGCCGCCACGGACAGCCGCCUGGAGGACAGCAGCCAGCAGCCUGGCGACCACGAGCCACUUGAUGCUCCCAUGGCUCCAGGGCCUCUGGCCCAGUCCCUUGAUAGCAACAAAGAGGAGCUCUGACUGUC